UCCCUCCUUCCCUCGAGCGAACAAGCGCAGAACCGUUGUGAUGAUACGAUAGCUACUACUUGCUGCUACUACUCGUACUUUGUCGUGAUGGUUUCAAAAUGAAGGUGGGGAGGGGGGUGCAUGGGUUGGGGUCGGCAGCAACUUUCAAAAAUAGCUCCCAUCAUUUCGUUCUUACGAGAAUCAGAGGAAAGGAGCUUGAACUUAUAUCCGAUCCUCUCUCUCUUUAUUUGUUUGUCAGUUGAUCUACCGGACGACUUUUUUUUCAAUAAGCUUUUUCGGUGGGUUGGGUGGCGGUUGCUAUGCUUGUCAAUAAUCGGAACAUUAUUAAUUGAGACCCGGCCGCCACUAGUCCGCUUGUUUGUUGCUAUGGUUGCUUGUUCCGCGACGUUGCCAAGGUGUUGUCAAGCAGCACUGAUAAACUACACCCGCUUCGCAAAAGCAUAUGUGUCUUUUGGAGAGAAUUUACUCAUUUAUAGAUUUAUUCACACGUUCACCACCACUGCUCUCACCUUCUUGCCAAAAACGUCACUCACUCACUCACUCACUCCUGAUCUUGUACUACUAUUAGCCUUUUUUUCUAUACUCCAAUAGAGAAGGAUCCUCUUCUUUCUUUACACGACACCAGUCAACGCAACGACACAUGAUUUUUUCACAAAAUAAAUGAGCCAUGACACCAAAAAAGUAUUACGUUCCCAUCUCAU